CGCUGCUGUAGGGUGUCUCGAGUUUACAAAAUCGUUACGAAAAUGCCUCCUAAAGCAAGUGGAAAGGCUGUGAAGAAAGCUGGCAAAGCUCAGAAGAAUAUCAGCAAGACCGAUAAGAAGAAGAAGAGGAGGAGGAAGGAAAGCUAUGCAAUCUACAUCUACAAAGUGCUGAAGCAAGUCCAUCCCGACACUGGUAUUUCCAGCAAGGCGAUGAGCAUUAUGAACAGUUUUGUGAAUGAUGUCUUCGAGCGGAUUGCUGCUGAAGCCUCACGCCUAGCUCAUUACAACAAGAGAUCAACCAUCACAUCUCGGGAGAUCCAAACUGCCGUCAGACUUUUGUUGCCUGGUGAAUUAGCGAAGCACGCUGUUUCUGAAGGCACUAAAGCUGUUACCAAGUACACCAGUUCAAAGUAAAUGCUGCAGCAUAUUCUAAUCGGCCCUUUUAAGGGCCAACAAUUUUUAUUACGUAGACCAUCCUCCUUUCUAACAUUUUCCUUAUUUUUGUCCCACGAUUGUAAUAUAAAUGACAUUUUUUGACACUAAGAGUAUCCAUACCAGUUAUAGAAUUUGCCGAACUACUUGAUAAUUUUAUUUUAAUUUAAAAUCUAAACUUUUAAACUCUAUUUGACUUGCGCAGUACGUAUAGUGUUGUAUCCAAUGGAAUGAUCAAUGAUAUAGUUUCUUUCUUUUAAUUUGUAAAAUUGUGUCCAUCUUAUUUCGUAGUACAAAACAAUACAUCGAAAUAAAUCAACAAUUUCAGCAUCAAUAAUACUGAAGAAAGUAUUAUGCUUGUUACCUUAACCUAAACUACAAUUGUUUUAAUCUAAAUUUGUAUCACUGAAGAAUUAUAUAGAUUUAGUAUGUUUUACUUUUUGAUUAGUUAAUAUUGAAAAUUAUUUUCAAAUAAAAUGUCAUAUGAAGCUA